GUAUAACCUUUAGCAUAAGAGACGCAUGACGUUCACUUUUAUGUCUGUCCUGCAAUUUCCAAAAUAUUUUCUAUUCUUAUUGCACGGCUUCUUUUUAUUGCACGGAUAAUUGCGAAAUCGCUUGCUGCCGCGGCUUUUUCUUCAAUUACCGGCCAAUCUUGUUGGAAAUAACUUGGCAUAACCUAUGAUAAUAUCCAAUAAAUGAAUAUGCCUUCAGUGAAAAAUAAUAUGCAAAUAUGUGACGUAAUAUGCUGUAGCUUCAUUACGUCGAUGUAAAAUGCGAUAUAUAACUGCAUUUUGAUCUAUUAUCAUUGGCAAAGAAAAAAAAAGGAAAGUCUCAAGAUGACUCUCAGUCAAAUGAGGAUAACAGUUCUGCCAAGAAAGAUGUUAAAGACUCAGAUACAUCAGAUUCUGAUGAUAACUGGAGCAAUAAGGCUGGCAAAACAAAGAAAAAGAAACCACCAGCAAAAAGAAGCAAACGAAAAAUGACAAAAUCUAGUACAGAAGAUAGUGCUAGUGAAAAAGAACCUGCUAAACAAUUUUCAGAACCAGAAGAAGGUGAGGUAUCAGAUUCUGAUGCAAGUGUUUCUGACUCUAGCCAAGAAGAAUUUAAUGAUGGUUAUGAUGAUAAACUUAUGGGAGACGCAGAAGAUCAAGCUAGAUUAGCUCAAAUGACAGAAAAGGAACGUGAACAGGAAAUUUUUAAACGAAUUGAGCAACGCGAAAUUAUGAAAACAAGAUUCGAGAUUGAAAAGAAAUUGAGAAUGGCUAAAAAACAAGAAUUGAAAAAGCAGAAGGAAUCAAAAAAGAAGGAGAAAGGAAUUGAGGAAAAGAAAGUAGAUAGAGCACCAGAUCCUAAAGAAAGAAGUAAAGAUCGUAAAAAAACAAUAGAAGAAAAGCAAGAUAAGAAAUUUCACGCAAUGUCUUUACUUAAAGCCAGACGUGAAGAAAAGAAAGAACGAGAGGAAAAAGAAAAACAAAGGAUAGAACAGCAGCAACAACAGUCAAAGGAUAUAGAGGAAGAAGAAUUGGAGGAUGAUCAUAAAGGUGGAAAUAAAACAAAACUCAAAGCAUCCGAUAUAUAUUCUGAUGAUAGUGGUUCAUCGGAUAGUGCGGAAGAGGAAGAAGUAACUAAACCAACAUCACAACGCAGAUCUUCUUCCAGUGAAAGUCGCGACUCUGAUUCUGACAACGAUAAAAAAUCGGUUACAAGUAAUAAAGCCAAACCAAAAAAACCAAUAUAUAUCAAUACUAAAGAAGAUUUAAAUAAGAUCCGAUUAUCCCGUCACAAAAUGGAAAGAUUCGUUCAUUUACCAUUUUUCGAUAGAGUAGUACAAGGUUGUUUUGUCAGAAUUGGUAUUGGCAACAAUAACGGCAAACCUGUCUAUAGAGUAGCUGAGAUAAGUGGUGUGUGUGAAACAGGUAAGAUUUAUCAACUUGGUGGCACGAGGACGAAUAAAGGACUGAAAUUGCGUCAUGGAGCGCAAGAACGCGUAUUCAGACUGGAAUUCGUCUCGAAUCAAGAAUUUACGGAUUCGGAAUUCUUUAAGUGGAAAGAAACGUGCGCACUGCAAGGAAUAUCUAUGCCUACUUUCGACGAAGUAGAGCAGAAAUUAAAAGAUAUUAAAGAGGCGCUGGUAUACGAGUUCAAAGAAGAGGACAUAGAGAAGAUAGUCCGUGAAAAAGAAAGAUUUAAGCAAACUCCUUAUAAUUAUGCAAUGAAAAAAGCGCAACUCAUGAGAGAACGCGACGCAGCUAAUUGUAGAGGAGAUGACGAGACUGCUAGUCGUCUUAAUCAAGAAUUGAGCGAAUUAGAAGAACGCGCAUCGGAACUGGACAAAAUGCGUACAGCAUCGAUUUCUAGUAUAUCGUAUAUUAAUGAUCGUAACAGAAAAAGAAACGUAGAAGAGGCUGAAAAAGCUAUUAUGGAAGAAUUAAAAGCUAGUAAAGGUAAGAAAGUCGACGACCCAUUUACUAGACGAAGCACUAAACCGAGGAUGGUAUACAAACCUGAAGAUGAAGAGACAGUAACUGCUCCAUUAAAUGAUAAAUCGAGUCCUCAUCCAGCCGGAGACUCCGUAUCAACUGUUAAUGAUAAAGAAAACGAACAAGAUUCCAAGAAAAAGCAAAGUACGGAAGAUCUUUUUAACGCGCACGAUUUUGACAUAACAAUAGAUUUGGAAGUACCUAUUCCAAGUAAUCCUGUUAGUGUCCUACCAAAACCUAUUAACAACAUCAAGGACACAGGACCUCGCCGAUCGCUAAAUCUAGAAGAUUACAAAAAGAAACGUGGUCUUAUCUAACAUUUCAUAUGCUUUAGAUAUUGCGAGAAGAUACGAUAAGGUUAAAUUGCCAAGAUUGUCAUGUAGUAAUGGAUGAUAUCACUUUGUUUGCUGAAUUCCCCGGUUAACAACAAGAAUGAAGAUAUGUUCUUGUAACGAUUGACUGAGAAGCUAAAUUAUUUAUAACAUAUUUGUAGUUAUAUUACUACUAUUGCUAUUGCUACUAUUAUUACUACUAUUAUUAUUAUUAUUAUUAUUAUUAUUAUUAUUAAUGACGACUCCAUCUUGCUGUAUUUAACACGUUGAGCAUAUGAGAUUGAUGGUAGGCUAAUUGGUGAUGGGGUGAUUGGUAUGUUAGUUUUGCAGAUACAGAUUUAGCUAAUAUGUAUUGUGAUUACAUAAUAAAUAAAGACAUGUUAUCGAAAUUAAUAAAUAUCUAAUGAUUCUAAAAAUAUCUUAAUUUGAUAUCAGCUAACUUUCAUAUUCUUAUGUAGAGAUUCUUAUAUAUUGAAUAAUAUCCACUGUUAGCAUUCGUUUAUCAUAACAUUCAACGUGUUAAAUAGUAUGAUGGUUCCAACUAAAGUUAAACUGUUGUUCCUAUUGAUAUUUCGGAUAAUGAAAUUGCAUGAUUGUCGGAACAUAUGAGUAAGUAACAAUGUCAAAGCUACUUUCAAAUAGUACUUAAGAUGAUGCAUAUUACCAUUACUAGAUAUCGAAACAAGUAUGACGUUCUAUUUUGUCAACCAAUACUGUAGUACGAUCAUACAUGUCAUAUUCGAAUGAGAGAAAAAAGAAAUAUGGAGAGAGACAUGUUUAUAUUUAAUAAUGAAGAUCAUUAACUAAAUGAUUAGGAAAUUUAGGAAUAAUAUUUAAAAU